AGCGAACAGUGCAAUCUUGGUAUUUCGCUGUUAAUCAAGUAACAGUGAUCUCCCUUGCGGUGUUUUCUUGCUUGGCCAGUGACCCGUAUCCGAGGUCGAUCUAAUACGUUUGUUUACAAAAUGGCGACAAAACAAUGAAAAUACAGGAGAUAUCUGACAUAAAGCAGAAAUGAUGAGACUGGAUAUAAUUGCGUGUCUUCUUUGUCUGUGUAUCCUGCAAGUCUACGCGAGAAACCCAGGCUUCAAGGCUAGAAUCACCAAUAAAGGACUCAAAUAUGCUAAUGACGUAGCUAUUCAGGCACUGAAGGCAAAUGUUCAGAAAUUGAAAAUACCCAACCAGAGCGGCAAGGCAUCGGGCUUCAAAUACGACAUUACCAACAUCAAUGUUCAGCAGUUUAACCCUCCUACAAGUACACUUGGCAUCGUCCCUGGAGAUGGUCUCUCGUGGAAAGGUUCAAACGCAGCUAUCAAAGUUCAUGGUGACUUCCAUUACAAAAAAUGGUUUAUUUCCGACGGUGGGAGUUUCGACGCUUCAGUGUCUGGGGUGUCCUUCAGUUUAGGGGUAGAUAUUGGCAAUGAUGUAAAUGGAAGACCAACUAUUGCGGCUAGAAGUUGUAGCAGUAACGUUGCUGACGUGUCGUUCAAGUUUCACGGAGGAAUGGCAUGGCUGUAUAACCUGUUCAGAAGUAAAGUUGAGGGCGUCAUUAAAGAUACAUUAAAGAAACAGAUGUGUACAUUGAUCAACAAAGAAAUCAAUGAGGAUGGUGAAAAGAAACUUGCAAAGUUAAAAGUAACAACGCCACUCGGAAAGAAGUUCCUUCUGGACUACCGGCUUACACAGAAACCUAGUUUCCAAACACAGUAUAUGGAGACUUUUCACAAGGGAGAGAUAUUCUGGUUGAGUUCCCCGACUACCGAAAGUCCUUUGAUCCCUCCACCAAUGCCAACGAACACAGACACAGACAGUAUGCUGUAUCUAUGGGUGUCUGACUACAUGUUUGAUACCAUUGGUUAUACAGCGCAGAAACAUGGAUUCCUAGUCUACAAUAUGACACAGAAAGACCUACCACCCAGCGGUAGGGGUGUUCUCAACACAACGUGUGAUGGCUUCAUACCCAAGUGUAUUGGCAAACUUAUACCUCAGAUUGGGGAAAAGUUCCCCAACAGCGUUGUAGAGUUGCGAAUGAACAGCACGCAGACCCCGACAAUGAACGUAUCCAGCGCUGGAGUGAGUCUGAACUUUGCAGGAAAGAUCGAUCUCUAUGCAACAAAACCGGGGACAAGUUCCACACCUUUUCUUCUAUCACUUAAUGCAAUUAUGUUCACAACGGUGAAUGUAUCCAUACAGAAUGAGUUGCUGUAUGCAAGAAUCAACGACCUCAAGCUAAAACUGAAGGUUGGAAAAUCUGCAGUCGGUAAAGUCAGUGAUGUGUUCCUCGACUUCCUGAUCAAGCAAGCGCUGAAUGCUUACCUCAUACCGCAGUUAAAUGAUCUUGGAAAGAAAGGAUUUCCACUCCCGGUUACAGGUGAAAUUAAAUUUACGAAUACCAAAAUCUCUUUCGCAAAGGAUACCGUUUUGAUUAGUACCGACCUGAGUUAUACCCCAUCUUCCCAGGAUCCAUCCGACGACCUGUCGGGACCGCUGAAAUUCAAGCCAUCGAACCGAGUACACACGUCAAUAAAUAUUCUGUAGUGAUAAACAUCUGGUUAAAGAGGACCAACAAUUGUUACAAAUUAACUAUGACAAAAAAUUCUGCAAAUCUCAAUGAAAGUCUUUCGUUUCCGAAAAAGUGACUGACAUCAAGUAAAACAUUUUUAUUUUGUUACUGUUUUUAUUGAGAUCUUUCAUGUUAAACAGAGUUUCGUUUUUAUGAAUAUCUUUUUUUUUAAUGAUUUUGAUCUUUACUGACAAAAUGUCAUGUUCAACGUUAUAACAUCACAAUACUGAAAAGAUGAGACUUAGAUUUCAUGUUUAUGUAAAUAAUUAUUUACAUUUUGCAUAAAUUGAUGGAAUAAUGUAAAUUUAUAAGGAUACAACCUAACAUUUUAUUGCAAUAAAUCACGCAUAAUAAACGUGAAAAAUAUUGAGUUUUUGUAGGCUACUGAUCGCAUACAAAUGGAUAUUAUUAAUAAAAUAUCUAACAUUUCUUUAUAUAUUUAACUUACAAGAUUGCAUUUUCGCAUGUGAUUUUUAUAUAUCUUAUUUUUUUCUGAACCUUUUUGUGAUAUUGUUGUCGAAAUAUUUUGUAAAGGAUAAUUCUAUUUGCUGUAAAUUUCUCUCGUGUGAUUGUGAGUAGAUUUGAGGGUACCAGUGUACUUUUCAAGAACAUCGACGUUUAAAUCUACAUAAUAAUAAUUGAAACAUUAUUAUGCUCGUGUAUAAGUUUUUCUAUUAGUUAUAUUUUUGUUAACUUUGAAACUCAAAUAUUCCAUGAUAAAGACACAGGCAUUAUUUUUAACCUUAAUUAAAAUGUUAUUUUGCCAGUCUUGAUAUAGUGUGGUUCUGGGACAACUUGUAUAUGAAAAAAGAACCACUCAGAACCACUAGUUUGCCCUUGGACUAUUUUUAAGAGGCAAUAAAUAGCGUAUCGACACUUGGAUUUUCUUUAAUCUCUCUGAAACCAACAGGUUUCAAAAUUUUGAGUCAUUGGUAGCUUUAUUUUGAUGUAAAUGACAUGUGAAAAUAUUGUGUUUUUUUUCCUAAUUGGCGCCAUAUAACAUGUACUUGUUGGGGCGGCGUAAAAUCCAAAUCAGCAAAUCAACAAAUGUGUUCCUGUAUGUUAAGUCUUCUAUUCUCACAGUCUUUAUUGUAUGCAUUUCUUUUACACUGUGAUCUGGAUCACUUGUGUCUUUCAAUUUUCCGCAUUAUGAUGUAACUUGCUUCUUUACGUUUUAAAAUAAACAGUCUUACCAAAAACAA